CUUUUGUGCCGCACACAAAACAGCUCAGCACCACCAACACAAACAACAAGCAAGAAGUGAAGCAAGAAGCAGGCACCAUGUCUGAGCUCGCAGACAAGCUGGCGCGCCGCGCACGCAUCAACGAGGGCGGUGAGAAGCCUGCCAUGGCAAGCUCCUCGCGCUUCAACCCAUAUGUGGAGUUCCCGGACAUGACCCGCAAGGAAAUCAAGGAGUACGAGAAGAUGUUCAAGAAGUACGACACGAGCCGGGACGGCUUCAUUGACCUGAUGGAGCUCAAGUACAUGAUGGAGAAGCUUGAACACCCACAGACCCACGUUGCCUUGAAGGCGAUGAUCUCAGAGGUUGACGAGGACAACGAUGGACAGAUCAGCUUCCGCGAGUUCCUCCUCAUCUUCCACAAGGCUGCGCGCGGAGAGCUGCAGGCAGAGGGCCUGUCGCAGAUUGCAGACUCUGUGGAUGUGUCGGAGGUUGGUGCCAAGGGUGCUGCAUCCUUCUUCGAGUCACUCGCAGCAAAGCAGGCGCAAGCAAACAAGUUUGAGGAGGAGAUCAAGGCGGAGCAAGAGGAGAAGAAGCGCGAAGCAGAACUCGCCCGCAAACGCAAGGAGGAGUUCAAGAAGAAGUUUUCCAACUUCCAGUGACAUGUGAUGCCCUCACUGCCGCGUGCACACCACCGCAUAUCACCGCACAUCCCAAACCCACCGUGUCUUGCUUUUGCUUGCAUUGCUUGAUUGAUUGGCCUUGUGCUUGCCCCUGCUCUCUACCCGCACACACUCUCCACAUGCCCUUUGCCCUUGUACCAUUUGUACCUGUACAAGUUUCCUUGCAACUUUCCUUGUGUUUGAAUGGCUGCCACCCCGUGCCUGUCUGUACACCCGUCAUCCUCUCCCGCCACCGCUGCUGUUGCACGGUGUCCACCUCUUUCCGUGUCCUAUCAUUGAAUGACCACGUGGAUCUUUGACUGCUGAGCUGUUGCAUUGUCGCAUGAAUGUAUUCACUUUGGCAUGCUUACAUUGCCAACACACACACAAGCACACACAGACACAAGCACAUACAAACACAGCAUGC